AUGCUCGUGCCCGUACUCCUCGUCCUCUCCUUCUGCCUCAGGGGGCGUGCAGGCCUGGCACCCCACUUUCUGCAACAGCCAGAGGACCAGGUAGUUCUGUUGGGAGACGAGGCCCGGCUGCCCUGUGCCCUGGGCGCCUACCGGGGACUGGUUCAGUGGACUAAGGACGGGCUGGCUCUAGGGGGCGAAAGGGACCUUCCAGGCUGGUCCCGGUACUGGAUAUCAGGGAAUGCAGCAAGUGGCCAGCAUGACCUCCACAUUAGGCCCGUGGAGCUAGAGGAUCAAGCAUCGUAUGAAUGUCAAGCAACACAAGCCGGCCUCCGCUCUCGACCAGCCCAACUGCAUGUGCUGGUGCCUCCAGAACCCCCCCAGGUGCUGGGCGGCCCCUCUGUCUCUCUGGUUGCUGGGGUUCCCGCGAAUCUGACCUGUAGAAGCCGUGGUGAUGCCCACCCCACCCCUGAGCUGCUGUGGUUUCGAGAUGGGGUCCGGCUGGACGGGGCCAUCUUCCGUCAGACCCCAUUGAAGGAAGGAACCAUCGGGUCAGUGGAGAGCAUUUUAUCUUUGACCCCUUCCAGCCAUGAUGAUGGAGCCACCUUGGUUUGCCGGGCCCGGAGCCAGGCCCUGCCUGCGGGGAAGGACACAGCUGUCACAUUGAGCCUGCAGUACCCCCCAGUGGUGACUCUGUCUGCAGAACCACAGACAGUACAGGAGGGAGAGAAGGUCACUUUCCUGUGCCAGGCCACAGCCCAGCCUCCUGUCACCGGCUAUAGAUGGGCGAAGGGGGGCUCUCCGGUGCUCGGGGCCCGCGGGCCAGUGUUGGAGGUAGUGGCCGACGCUUCAUUCCUGACUGCGCCGGUGUCCUGCGAGGUCAGCAACGCAGUGGGUAGCGCCAACCGCAGCACAGCGCUGGACGUGCAGUUUGGGCCGAUUCUGCAGGCAAAGCCGAAACCCUUGUCUGUGGACGUAGGAGAAGACGCCUCCUUCAGCUGUGUCUGGCGCGGGAAUCCACUCCCACGAGUAACCUGGACCCGCCGCGGGGACGCACAGGUGCUGGCCUCCGGGCCCACGCUGCGUCUUCCCGCGGUGGGGCCCGAGGAUGCAGGCGACUACGUUUGCAGGGCCGAGCCGGGGCUCUCGGGCCGGGGCGGUGGCGCUGCGGAAGCUAGGCUGACUGUGAACGCUCCCCCUGUAGUGACCGCUCUGCACUCUACGCCUGCCUUCCUGAGGGGCCCCGCCCGCCUCCAGUGUCUGGUCUUCGCUUCCCCUGCCCCAGAAGCCGUGGUCUGGUCUUGGGAUGAGGGCUUCCUGACGGCGGGGUCACGGGGUCGGUUCCUGGUGGAGACCUUCCCAGCCCCAGAGGGCCUCGGGGGACAGGGUCCAGGCCUGAUCUCUGUGCUACACAUUUCGGGGACCCAGGAGUCCGACUUUCACCGUGGCUUCAACUGCAGUGCCCGGAACCGAUUGGGUGAGGGAGGCACCCAGGUCAGCCUGGGCCGUAGAGACUUGCUGCCCACUGUGCGGAUUGUGGCCGGAGUAGCCGCCAUGGCCAUGACUCUCCUUAUGAUCAUCACUGGGGUGGCUCUCUGUUGCUGGCGCCACGGCAGGGGUCAGUCCUCUUUCUCCAAGCAAAAGAACCUGGUGCGAAUCCCAGGGAGCAGUGAUGGCUCCAGUUCCAGGGGCCCCGAGGAGGAGGCAGGCAGCAGCAAAGACCAGGGCCCCAUCGUGCACACAGACCACAGUGACCUGGUUCUGGAUGAGGAGGGGGCUCUGGAGACCAAGGACCCAACCAAUGGUUACUACAAGGUCCGAGGAGUCAGUGUGAGCCUGAGCCUUGGAGAAGCCCCCGGAGGAGGUCUCUUCCUACCACCCUCCUCCCCUCUUGGACCUCCAGGAACCCCUACCUUCUAUGACUUCAAUCCACAUCUGGGCAUGGUCCCCCCCUGCAGACUGUAUAGAGCCCGGGCAGGCUAUCUCACCACACCCCAUCCUCGAGCUUUUACUAGCUACAUCAAACCCACAUCCUUUGGACCCCCAGAUCUGGCCCCCAGCACUCCUCCCUUCCCAUAUGCUGCCUUCCCCACGCCCAGCCACCCACGUCUCCAGACUCAUGUGUGA